AUGUGUUUGCUUGUGAGCUAUGACGGAGUUAAAGGAGAAAUGAAGUUAUCCAAACUAGAGGAACUAGCAUUGGAGAAGCAACUUAAACUUUUGAACAAACCAUCGGUCAAGACAAUUAAGACUGGAUGGGGAGAUACAUACGAUUGUGUGGAUUUCUACAAACAACCUGCAUUUGAUCAUCCAUCGUUGAAGAAUCACAAUUUUCAUCCUGGGAUGAAACCCACUUUAACAAAGAUAAGCAAAUUCCAAGUAACUCAACAAUUGAUGUAUCUCCGAAUACAUGGUCAGGGAAUGACCGUUGUCCUUCUGGAACUGUUCCCAUCAAAAGAGUUACAAAAAAUGAUCUUAUUAGGCAAAGACACUAACAACAAUCUUAAGGCAACAGGAGUAUACACGCGUGCGAUAGUUCAAACUCGGGAUGAUCCAAAUAACAAGUUUGCUGGAGCUGGAAUGGUAGCUAGUCUAUGGAAUCCUAGGGUUGAAGGUACACAAAAUAGUGCGAGCCGAAUGAAGAUUCAAAAAGGAUCAGAUAGAAUUCAAGUGGACCCAAUGUUAUAUGGGGAUACUGAAACUAGGCUUUUUAUACAUUUCCAAGCUGGAAAGACACAUUGCUUCAACACAAUAUGCUCCGGCUUUGUAUUAGUAAACAGUGAUAUAGCUAUUGAUGGCGUAUUCCACUCAGUUACUCGAAAGGGGAAGACAAUAUGGGAGACUGCUUUGUACAUCGAUCGGGAUCUAGCAAAUGGAAACUGGUGGCUUUUGAUUGGAAAAGAUCAAGUUCAAGUUGGUUUUUGGCCUCAAAGGAUUUUCACCGAAUUAGACAAUUUUGCUACGAGUGUCGAGUGGGGAGGAGUGACAUACACUCCAGCAUGCAGGUGUAUCUUAUCCUCAAAUGGGCGGUGGUGUUUUCCCUGUACUUCCAGAGCCCCAUCUUGA